AUGGUGCUGUUUGCACUGUUCAGUGUGGCCCUGGCUCAGAAACCAGCUAAUACAACAGAGAUGGAUAACAGUAGUAGUAAUAAUAGCACAAGCGCUGGCCCUCCACCAAGUCUAUGUACUUCGUAUCCUGAUAACGGUAUUUGCCAUGGUUUUAUCAACUACUCUGUCUUUACAAAAGGCGCACCUGUUGCCAUGAUUGAACAACAACUGGGCCAAUUGGUCAAUAUGAGCAAACUGCUGGGCCAUGUCGCUCCUUCCUGUGUCGAUGCCUACUACCGCUAUUCCUGUUCUCUUGCUUAUCCCAAAUGUGGUGAAAAUGCUGCUGCAGCACCUAAAAUGGGAUGUCAGCAAGCCUGCCAAGAUGUUCACUACGAAUGUACAAAUAUUUUCAUGUUGACUGGCAAGGGCGCUUUGCCAGACUGUAACAAAAAGUCUCCUCUUACUAGACAGCGCCUUUCAUCAGAUGCUUCCACUUGCAAUGCGAUAGCACCUCAAAUUGAAGAUCCCCAUGCCUUCUAUAAUUUAUCUGCCUUAACACCUGGUUUUAUUAUGGACGCAUGUCCAUCUCCUUUCUUGAAGGAUCCUAAUGCAAAGCCAGGGCUCGUUGACCAAAACAACAAUAUCUACUGUCGUGCUGGUUGUUGUAUCCCUUGUCCUGCACAGAACUAUUUCUAUCCUGAAGGUUGGGCCGUGCACGGAUUUUUAGCAACGGAUAUCCUCCGUUUCAUCUCAUCUAUUGUGUCCUUCUUUAUGCUCGUCAGCUACUUGGUGCUUCCCGACAAGAGAAGACAUCCUUCAUUGCUCAUUUUGAACGUAUCUGCCAGUAUCUUUUUGUUCAGUUUUGUAGUGUACUUUUCCAUUGGUAACCCUCAACGUCUCCAAUGCGCUAAUGCGGUUGCUGUAAGCACACAAGAUAACAAUGCGCUGUGUGCUACACAAGGCGCAAUCUUAAUUUUCGCUUCUUUGGCUACAUGCUGCUGGAGUGCUGCCCUGAUUCUCAACCUCCAUAUGCACACUGUAUGGAACUCUAAUUUCUUUACCAAUCGCUACUUCAUUCUCAACAUCUUGUGCUGGGGCUAUCCUGCUGUGAUCAUGGCUGUAUCUGUCGGUUUGCAUCAAGUCAAGUUUGAAUUUGCCAACUUGUGUCUGGUAGCAGUAGACAGGAUCUUUGAGCUGUUCUUCUACCCUAUGGCUGCCAUUGUAUGCCCUGCCUUUGUGGUCCAUAUUGCCACAUUUGUCUACAUUACAAAGAUUGCUAUCCAAGAAGGCGUGCAGUCAGACAUGUCUCAAUCCCUAUCUCGUGGCUCUAUGGCGGGUCAUUCGCCUGCUCGUCGCCAUAAGCAUGUCAUUACAGCUGUGCAGAUCCAAUGGCGUGCACUCUUAUUAGCUAUUCUUUCGAGUGGAACUGUCAUCUUUUACUGGAUUUUCUACUUUACUCAAAUCCAUCGUGUUGUGAGCUUGGAACGAGAUCAGAGUAUCACAAACCACUGGUUAGAGUGCAUGUUGUCCCCUGGUGGCCAUCAAAAUAGCUGCGUUACUAUCAUUCGAGAUCAUUUGCCUCCUUACGGCCUCAUGAUGGCGGCUGAAACGCUGGUGAGUACUCAGGGUAUCUGGUUGUUUGUCAUUUUCGGAAAGAGAUCGCUUUGGAGAGAAUGGAACGAUUUAAUCUAUGAUUUGCGCAUUUCGUUUGGUAAUCGUGGUAGAAUGGAAAAGAACGGCGAACAGUUCUUUGCUCUUUGA